UCCACGUCAAAGUUUGUUUUAAAAUGGCGGCGGAAGCGGAGAAACAGGUAUGAGUUAUUAAACCCCGCAGCUGAAAGGUUGACAUGAUGCCGUUUGUACAUUUUAUAAAGUAGUGGAAGCGGACUUUAUCUCCUGUUUCGUCGCCGGAGGAGAAAGCGGAGAAGUUGUUGGCCUUUGUUUCCAGUAGAGGAAGCGCUGCGGAGGGGAACGUCAGCAGCAGCAGCAGCAGCAGCAGCUCGGGGAGGAAGGAGGCGCCACCGGCUGUUCGCGCUGUUUUGACCCCCUGCAGGGACUUUAUGCGGCAGCUCAUGACUUUCCUCCGCUGCCGGCUGUGUGGGGGAGCCAGGGGGGCGGUGGAGGUGCAGCAGUAGCCCCAGCAGCAGCAGCAUCCUCAGCAUGGAGCUCUCCGGGCGGCAGGCACCUGUCAUCCACCUGUAGCGUCCAUCAGCGGCGCCAUGGCAAACCCGAGCCUCGGUCCACAGAACCAGCUGGACGGCCGCUCUGGGGCAUCUGGGGGAGUCGUCAUGAAGAACGGCUCUGUGAGCACAGAGGCCCCCAGCCUGCAGGAUAAACCCGCCUCCACCUCGUCCGCUCAGCUCGUCCUGCCCACUUAUAAACCGUCCUGCUCCUCCACUCCCAUCUACUACUGCAGCCCCCGUAAAAACUGCUCCGACUUGGACCCAGACAGUCACAGCUUGACCUCUCAGGACUCAGGAAUCCCAACUCUGGAGAUCAAUCCUCCGGACCCCCUCCUCCACAGCCCCCAUCAUCAUCAUCCUCCUUCAGAUGACGCCGGCGAGGACUCUCCAGCCACUUUACCUCUGGACGACGGCAGCAGCAGCAGCAUGCACAGGUCGUCCACCUUCCCCCGCAGCGGCUACGACUCCGCCCGGCACUUCAGCCCCACCGUCAGACUUGGCGUCGGGGGCGGCGCCCUGAACCGCAGCGACGACAUCUCUGUGUGCAGCGUGUCCAGCAUGAGCACAGAGCUGUCCGUCUCCAACGAGGACAUCCUGGACUUUACCGUCACGUCCAACUCGAGCGCCAUCGUAACCCUGGAAACCGAUCUCAGCGGCUCGGCUCACUUCUCGGACGUGACGCUUUCUUCGCCGACGGGGGAAACGUGGAGUCCUGGUCGGGGUCAUCUGGGGUCGGGCGUCCUGCAGCAGGAAGACGGGAAGCUGAAGAAGCUGGGGCCGUUUGCAAAUCUGUUCAACAGGGAUUGUCAAGGGGCAUCUGGGGGAGUCGUCAUGAAGAACGGCUCUGUGAGCACAGAGGCCCCCAGCCUGCAGGAUAAACCCGCCUCCACCUCGUCCGCUCAGCUCGUCCUGCCCACUUAUAAACCGUCCUGCUCCUCCACUCCCAUCUACUACUGCAGCCCCCGUAAAAACUGCUCCGACUUGGACCCAGACAGUCACAGCUUGACCUCUCAGGACUCAGGAAUCCCAACUCUGGAGAUCAAUCCUCCGGACCCCCUCCUCCACAGCCCCCAUCAUCAUCAUCCUCCUUCAGAUGACGCCGGCGAGGACUCUCCAGCCACUUUACCUCUGGACGACGGCAGCAGCAGCAGCAUGCACAGGUCGUCCACCUUCCCCCGCAGCGGCUACGACUCCGCCCGGCACUUCAGCCCCACCGUCAGACUUGGCGUCGGGGGCGGCGCCCUGAACCGCAGCGACGACAUCUCUGUGUGCAGCGUGUCCAGCAUGAGCACAGAGCUGUCCGUCUCCAACGAGGACAUCCUGGACUUUACCGUCACGUCCAACUCGAGCGCCAUCGUAACCCUGGAAACCGAUCUCAGCGGCUCGGCUCACUUCUCGGACGUGACGCUUUCUUCGCCGACGGGGGAAACGUGGAGUCCUGGUCGGGGUCAUCUGGGGUCGGGCGUCCUGCAGCAGGAAGACGGGAAGCUGAAGAAGCUGGGGCCGUUUGCAAAUCUGUUCAACAGGAACCUGUUUGCCAAGAAGGUGAAAGAAAGUCGACCCCCGGAGCAAAAGGAUCCGGGUUGGAAGCUGUUUGGGAAGGUCCCACCGAGAGAAGGCGCCGUAAAGGAUCCCAGGAAGAUCCAAAAGGAAUAUGAAACAAAGAGUGGCAGAGCUGGCAACCAGACAUCCCCCAGGCCGGGUGUGAGGAAAAACCUGGACUUUGAGCCCCUCUCCACCACGGCGCUGAUCCUGGAGGACAGACCUGCUAAUCUGCCCGCCAAGCCUGCAGAGGAGGCCCAGAAACACAGGCAGCAGUAUGAAGAGAUGGUGGCCCAGGCCAAGAAGAGAGAGCUGAAGGAAGCUCAGAAGAGGAAGAAGCAGCUGGAGGAUCGAUGUAAGCUGGAAGAGAGCAUCGGCACGGCAGCCCAGAUCUGGAACCAAGAGAUCUUACCCAACUGGAGUACAAUGUGGCAUGGUUUCAAAGUAGCUGUGUUGCCUUCAUCCCUCCAUGCUCAGUCUGUCUCUCAUCUUCUUUCAUAUCCAGCGUUUUCUUCUGCUCUUCCUGUAGAUCUCUAUAACAUCUGUCUGGCCCGGGCCAAAGAGAAGUGGGGGAGGACAGCAGCUCCCAGCACUGAAACUGAAGAUGUUAUUGAUUCUUCUGACCGUGAGUCCAGUCUGGAGUUGAUCAAGCUGGACAUCUCCAGAACAUUUCCCCAACUGUGCAUCUUCCAGCAGGGCGGGCCCUAUUAUGACGUGCUGCACAGCAUUUUGGGAGCGUACACGUGUUACCGACCCGACGUUGGCUAUGUUCAGGGGAUGUCCUUCAUCGCCGCCGUGCUGAUCCUCAAUCUGGACACGGCCGACGCUUUCAUAGCUUUCGCCAACCUGCUCAACAAGCCCUGUCAGAUGGCCUUCUUCCGAGUCGACCACAGCCUUAUGUUGACGUACUUUGCAGCGUUUGAAGUGUUCUUUGAAGAAAACCUACCAAAGCUCUUUGCACAUUUCAAGAAAAACAACUUGACCCCCGAUAUUUAUUUAAUCGACUGGAUCUUCACGCUGUACAGUAAGUCUCUGCCUUUGGACCUGGCAUGCCGCGUUUGGGACGUGUUCUGCAGGGACGGCGAGGAGUUCCUGUUCCGCACGGCGCUGGGCGUGCUGCGCCUCUACCAGGACGUCCUGACCUCCAUGGACUUCAUCCACAUGGCUCAGUUCCUGACCCGCCUGCCGGACCUCAUCCCUCCUGAGCAGCUCUUCCAGCACAUCGCCGCCGUCCACAUGACCAGCCGCAACAGGAAGUGGUCACAGGUCCUGCAGACGCUGACGGAGCAGAAGAAGUCGGGGGCGAGGCUUUCCGGGGCCGAGGCAUUGAGCUGAGGUCAGAGGGGGCGUCCCACACUAAGAUCCUGUCCUGGUGGGGGGGAAGGGGGGGUCCUGCUGUAGCUGCUGUGAUGGAGCUCCUCUCUGCAGCACCGCAUCGCCAAUCAGACCCUAAACCAGCGUCCACCAGCAGGGUUUGUCUGCGCUGAUGCACAGGUGUGAGGAAGGAACACGAGGCCUUAAUUUGACUCUCACCCCCUCCCCCCAUACCCCCCUCUACCCCGAAGCCCAGCAAUGAACUGGAAACUGUAGCUGGGGGAAGGAAAAAAAAAAGGUGAAGAAUGUAACACUCCCACAUGGCUGACUCAGAUCCCAGGGGUGGAGGAAAACCGCCCCUCCGCCAGCAUCCUGAGCGCUGUUCCGCUCGUCUCGUUCUUCCUCCGGUUGCUACGACGACGAGAAUCAUAAAUCUCCUUUUUUUUUCCAGUCAGGGAACUUUUUCUGAUCUUAUUUAGUGCUUUAAAAUCAAACCAUAUAAAUCAUAUUUCUGAGUUCAAACUUUUCUUCUCUUUUAGUCGUAGUUUGCACAUUUUUUCAUUCCUUUAUGCUCCCUGAAAGGGAUUCCUCACGGCUCCUUGUUCGUCAGGUUUGUUUUCCGAGUCAUUCCGGCACAAUCGGACGUUUCUUUGACUUAAAAUCCACCAAGCUGCGAAGCCAUGCCUGACCCGCACCGUGUCUCUACACGUUAGCAACAAACCUAUCUGUGUUGCAGGUCAUAUAAGCUGCCUGGAAAAUCAUUUUUCAUUUCUAUGUCAAUGAACGUGGGUUAACUUAAAAAGACCAAAUGUGGUAACGUUGGUCUAAACACUGCAGAUGUUGAUCUAUUUUCAUGCUUUUAACUCGUUUGUGGUACAUUUCAGCUUUGUGGUGUCUGGUGUGAGAGUAAGUUUGUUUUAUUUGUGCGAUUUAUUUAAUAUUUAUCAAAAACGGGGGACGCGUUCGUCUGAAAUGAAGGCUAAAGAGGGAGAGAUGGGUGCAAACAUCAGGCUGCACAUCGCACACGUUUAAUUCACUGAAUACAUGCAGAAAAUAGUUUUUCUUUUUCACCAAAAAAGAUGCAUCAAAUCAGGACAUUCAAGGAGAAGCUGAUGAUGAUGGAUUAACCGCUUUAAUGUUGGAUCAUUAGCAGCAAACUGCUGCACCAUGAUGAUGAUGAUGGCGCCUGUUUUUCACACAGAAGCGCCACAGAAAGAGAUGUUACUGCUGGAGGUUGAACCACACAGGAUUUAAUGAGACGUGAAUUUGCAAAACUUCCAGCAGAUCAUUUUUUCCUUCCAUUAGCACUUUUUUCCCCCUAUGUUGGUUUCUGAAUAGUAUCCAUGGAGAUUUGUCUGUUUUAAACACAAACAAGGCAAUUAUUCCUGCUACUGGUGAAACCAUCAAACUAUUUAUGUCUACGUCUGAUUUUCAAAAGCCGGCUGGAUCUGGAUCUGGCGUCGCCUCUUGCGGGCUCCACAGUGGAUUCACACUGUGGUCAAAGUGUGACCCCAUCAGGGCCAGGAGUGGGUGGCGCCGUUCUCACGCUGCUCCAUUUUAGCAUUUUGAUACGCAAACAAUAAAGCACAUGAAACAAUCAUCCACUUAUUUCUUUUUUUUUUUAUGUAGUUUUUAUCUGAAGGUAAUCAGGUUGAAAGCGUGGCGUGUGAUUGGCUGUUUGGAUCUGGAGGUCAGAGAUGCUCCUGACUGUCGUUUUCUGUUUUGUUUUUGCGUCGCUGCUGAUUCGAUGAACUUUAGUUUUCUCUGUGAGUAAAUUCAUAUUCUGAGAUGUCUGAAGACCAGAACUGGUUCUGACUCGUUGGAUUCAUCUCAACUCAUCUCAUCUUUUCUGCUUUCACAUCCCCCCCCCUCCCCUUCUAUUCACCUCCUCCACUGUGGUUUUAAAAAGCCACAGCACUGCUCUAGAGCUUUUUGCACAGACAUGUAAGCCUUUGCAUUGAGUCGUGCCUCGCAUCAUCACUCUGUGAUCAGUCAUGGUUUAAACGGGUUUCCGUCUUUUAUUUUCCUUUGUUUUUUUUGUUUUUUUUAAUCUACCUUAAUUAAAGUUACCGUGUCGAUAUUUUCUCUGUAACGUUUGCUCCGGGUAAGAAGGUAAAGAUUUUGGUUACGAAGAAGUUACAUAAAGCCUGGUAUUAUCUGUCAACACUACCUGUUUAUUCCUUAAUUCAGCACUUGGACACAAUAAAAGUUUGAUAAUCAGGUUUUAUUUUAUAUUUUAGUUUGAAUUCCUUUCCUUUUUCUUUUUUUUUUUUUUAGACCCGUGUACUGUAGAGGACUGAUACAUAUGUGCAGAUAGCAGAAGGUCAUCAUGCAACUGUAUCUCACUUGAAAUGUAUAUAAAUGAUGGUUUUAUCGUAAUAAAAAGCUGUACAUAC